AUGACGCUAAUAAAGAUGUUUGCAGCUAGACAAGCCAUAGGAAGAUUUGCAUUGAUACAGAACAGAAACUUUCAUGCUACGCCGAUGAGAUGUUAUAAAAAAUGGAAUGAACUAAAGAAGGAUGAUAAGCAGGAGUUCAUCAAGAAUUUCGUUCUUUUGUACAAAGAAAAGCAUCCAUGCAGUAAGAGUAACGUAAUGUACAGGGCGUUGGCCAGUGAAAUGGAUGAAUACGAUGAUACCCCAUACGUAUUUGGUGUUUUGUACAAUGAGAUUAGGGCUGUUGAAAAAGGCGAAUCUACUGAUAACGAGAAAGGUGUAGGUGCGAUGGGGGAUGCAGAUUUUGUAAAACUAUUGUACAAGUAG